UUUAUUCGAUUUAACUGGUGUGUUCAUAUGGAUGUAUGAAUUAACGAGUGAUUUGCAGAAUUAUAAAUUGAAUCAUAAUUUGGACAACAAAAACAAAAAAUCAAUCUAUUACUACAACGAACCAGUUAAUAAGCACAUAUUUAGAUCUAGUGGCCAAGCGAAUUGCCAGUCAACCAGUCGUGAAUUUAAGUGUUCAAUUUGUGAUCAGCAGUUUAGCAGAAAUUACGACCUGAAGAGACAUCAAAAUAUCCAUCUGUUGAUUAAAUCUUAUACUUGCAAUUGCGGCAAAACAUUUUCUAGAAAAGACGCUUUAAAGAGACAUUUACUCAUUAAAGGAUGUUAAUCGAUUAUAUACAGAAUGAGUUUGAUUACAAACUCACCAGUUUGGAUGUUUUGAAUGAUAUUCUAUACAAUCAAUUAAGAUACACGAUCAAUAAAACAAAUCUAGAAAUAAAUAAUUUAGUCUUUUUCAAUCGACAUAACAAAGCAAGACAACAACGACUUUUAGACUUCCUCCUCGAUGCCCAAAAUUACUCCCUCCAUUGGGAACUAUUCAAUAGACAGUCCAAUGGCUUCACCUACACCCCUCUGUUAGCAACUUCAAUUAAAGACACCCUAAAACUCGGAGAUGUAGACGAAACUAUUAUAUCUUUAUUAGACAUUAUCGCUGUUGAUAUUAUACAUCACAUCAUCCAACUUUCAAUCGAACACCAAGAGCAUCAACUCACCCUCAAUUCAUCAACAACCGAGACCUUCCAUAUACCAACUUCUUCACCAUUUACAACUAAUCAAUCGAGUCAACAAGCAAAUGUUC